GGGGGUAGACGACGAACCGGAGCCGCUGCGGAACGGCUGCCUCUGCCCGCUUGCUGUCCGUAGGACCUCGGCGGCUCUCGGUAGCUGAGGCCGGCUAAAACGCGGUCUCCUUUCCCCUCCGUCCUCCGGCAAGUCGUGGAGCGAUCGCUUCGGUAAAGGAAAAAGCCGCAGCUUUAGAGCCCGGCGAGAUGCUGGGGCCGGGGGAAGAGCUGCAGAGAGGUUCUGCCGGUUGCGGUUGGGCUUACCCUGGGUGGAAGCGCACGGGCUAUUUAUUUGGUAUCGUUGGCCGUGGGGGAGCUGAAGGGCACGGGGAGAAACGUCGCCUCGGGUUUUCUGGCAACUUGCGGGGGGAAGCGGGAGGCAGCUUUUUUCCGGCCUCUGCAGUGACCGUCAGGGCAGAGGGCUCUCCUCCAGCUACAGCAUCUCUGCUCGUGGAGGUGGUCCUAGGUUGGCAGCCGGUUUGGUUCUGCUGGCAGAGCAAAUACCUCCCUCUCCGAGGAAUGCCGGCCCCGGGACCUCGGCUUCUCUACGGCGAGGAAGAAAUGCAGCGGUCAGGUGGCUGGCCCUGCUCUCUGUGCGUCAGUACCCGACCACCGACUGACCAGGCUUUUGUGCCAAGCUAGAAAACUGCAGAAACGGCGGCCUCGCUUUUAUUGGGGCCUCUUUGUAAAGGAAGCCUGCUCUCCUUUGACUUCAAUGGCCGCUGUCCGACGGGCGCUAUCUUGGGGCGCUCUCCGUUGCUGGAGACCACAAGGAGGGAGGUUAGUUCUGGAGUGAUUCAGCAACAUGUGGAUAUUCGGGCGCUUUUGAUCCUGACGGUCUCCAGGUGCACUAGGCUGAUGCAGGUAACUUCUCGUCCCUAGGACGGGGCACAGCUGAAAUGAGCCUCGGAGAGCUACUGCCCCUUUUCAGUAUGGGUGUUCCGGAGACACGAGCUGCAUUUAAGGUUGGGAGGAGGGAUGAGACCUCCGCAGCAGAUUUGGGAUGUCUGCGUGCUAGCGUUUUGCACCAGGAGGUGCCGGUUUGUUACAAGUUCACUGUUUUGUGGCUCGCUAACGCUUCAAUGUACGAUAGCCUUUUGGUUACGAUCACUACAGCCAAGCAAACAUCUCUGUGGAAUCUCUCCCCUCCGCACCCCAGGUUUCUCUCCUGACCCAUGAGCAUCUGCUGGAAAUAGUUUAUCCAGCGUGGCAGUGAGUAAGACUCUUAGGGAUCUUGGGUGUAAAGAUCUGAGUUUCCUUCCUGAGAACUGACUGAUUCAUGAAUCACAGCAAAUAGCAUCUAAGUCGUAGGCGUAAAUAGGCGUAAGUCACCUGCUCUCUUGACGUGACAGUCUAGGAUCCAAAUGGAGUCACUCCUUAGCAUCUUGGGUAGCUAGGAUAGUCCCUUACACUCUCUGUCAGCUAAGGUCAGCUUGGCGAGGGUGGCAAUGGAACCUCUUUGCUCUGCCAGCCCGCCUGGUGGCCGUCCACUCUUGCCCUCAUCAGCAUCACUCUGGGUCUCUGUAGAUGGAGUGGCACGUGAAAAUCAAGGCAGGCAUGCUCUGAAGACUGGACACUGUUCUGGGUUCUGGUCUGGCUUUGCUGCAUUUCAGGCUCAGCAGCUCGAAAACUCAAAGAGGCAUGCUGAAGUCUCAGUGCUGGCUUCUGUAUUUUCUCAGGUGCUGGAGCCUUGCCUCCAAACCCUUAGACAAGCUGGUCUUGGUAGACUUGGUAGUCUUGAGUCUUCCAGUCUUCCACCUGGCCUGCUAGAAGUGGCUGCAAACCACGCUGCCUUCUCUAAAGGGUGUGACUCCUCGGGGACAGGAAUUGGAGCUCCUUCAGCUGAAAUUCCCGGGGUCUGGGACCCGCUGGCCUUGGCAGGCCCCCAGUAUACCAGCGAACUCAAGGCCAUUAUGUCACAUGCUCUUCAUAGCUCAGUUUUCUUGUACGUGGCCUGUGCUGUUGCCUGCAAGAAGAUGUGAGGGAAUUCUCUUAAUUGUUUUCUGGCUUGAAAACAGGCUCCCACUGCUCCACAGCGUGAAGCACUGAGCUUGUUCAGAAGAGGAAAUGCAGAUCUGCUUACGUGGUCCGGGACGUCUACAUUGCCAACCCACGCUACGACUGAAGCCGGUAGGAGGGUUUGUAAGCUGUCCAUAAACGUGGCGUGGGCCACGCAGUCUCUGCGAAAGGGAUGAGGCCAGGGUGCAGCUGGUGACCUCCGCUGGUGACCUCCUGGUUCGGAGAGUCACUCAUGAGCGGUGCUUCGCAGGGCAUCGGCAGCAGCGUUGUUCCCUGGCUUAUCCGUCUGGAAAAGAUCCGCUCGCCCGUUUGCAGCCAGCAGACCCGAGAGCUUUUUCCUUCUUUCCUAGUCCGCUGCUGGAGCUGCUAGGCCACGCUGCAUCAUGUCGUGGGGUCAACUUUCCCUUUAGAAGCUCAUGCUGAAUCUCACCAGAUUCGUCGCUCUUGCCUGACGUCAGGGCGUCGCUGAGCGAUAACGACCCGUUCUGAACUGGCCCACUGCCACCUACUCGAGACACCAUCACCUUGCACAGCGGACAGAUGCGGGAAUGUCCCGGUGCGGGCAUUGAGGAUCUGCCUCUCGCUCCCUCCUCUCUCAGCUAAAGCACUUCUGAGCGUGAGCUGGGGUGACUGAGGGCAACUUUGAGCUGAGUUUCCAAACAGAACUCCCCAGGAGUAAUGGGGAGAGAGGCUUUAAUUAGAAAAGACCUCCAGCCUUCUGUGUGCAGCAGAGCCGAUUGAUUACAACCCACUGAGCUGCUGAAAGACACCGGCUAGGUCAAUGUGCUGAAUGCCCUUCUUGCCUGAAGCCAGCGCUGUCUCUGUGCUGUAGAGCUGGCAACUGUGUGCAGUUUUUCCCCGUCCUCCCCACCCCCUUGCCGAGGCUCCACAUCCUCUCUGGCAGCUUGUCACUUCUCUGCAGAUGUCUAGACAGGAGGAUUCAGUGCGUGUCAGUUAUGCCUAAUUCAUUAAAAAAACCCAAACCCUACUGAGAGCUGGGGAUUCUCAGUCCUGCAGACUCAGCGCUGUCUGCGGUGCCCCGUGCUGCCUUGAGGCUAGCUCAGAGCAGAUUAAUUCCACCCAUCGGCAGGAGCAGCGCGCGCCUCGCCCUCCCAUCCGUAGCAGGGGGGCUUGGGGAAUAGAAGGCAGACAUGUGGUCCGGGGUACCGCUGGCAGCGGGAGCAGAAGAGAGAGGGGAGGAGGUGGGGAGAAGCGUUCGGGGCUGAGGCGCGUGCUCCUAACCUCUCCUUGCAGCUCACCCCGUGUUCUUGGCUCGCUCGCGUCCUCCGCCGUGUCCGCCAGGAGCUGACAGAGGGGUGCAAGGUGUCCGAGUCCUCAAUCUGGCUGUCCGAAACUGCCAGCUUCCUAAUUCUACCGUCCCUCGUGCCGCCUCUGAAGGCAGAGCUGGUGCCAGGAAUGACAGCUCCCCUUGCCACCUUAAGUCACAUUUCCAUCAACAUUUGCAGUCCUGACCUCUGUAUAGGUGCAGCUGUAAAUCUGCCAUCACAGGAGCGAUGACUGGACCCGCAGUUCAGAGCAUCUAGUUCACUCGCUGGUCCUGAACUAUUAGGUCCCUCUGCUUCCUCACGAUUGCUGGCUCUUCUGGGCUGAACGCACAAUUAACCUUAUAUUAAAAAGACUGAAUGUGAGCCGCUGCACACUGUCGGUGUCUGUUUGAAUUCUCUGGAUGCAGGUAAAGUGUUACAGCGGCUGAGAAGGGACUGAACCCUAAAGUAUUGUAUUGAGGGGGUAGAGUUUUCUGCCUGUAUCAGUGACGCUAAUGGUACAGGACCUGGUGGGGCCAAUUGCCUCGAUUUAGCGCCUGCUUUGCAUCUGAGUCCUGGGCAUAUACAACUGGAUGAUUUCCAGCCCUCUUUGAUUGUGUUUAUUGUGGGGAAGGGAGCAGGAAAGGUAGGAAUGCAAUAUGUUUUGUAAUGGGCAGUGCCAGGCCCUCUGAAAGAAGCAAGAAUUUGGGAUAUCCAAGUUUGAGGCGUAAGGGCGGGUAGUGUCUAUCUGCCGUAGCUUGCGAAAACAGCCCUGGUGUCUUAGACAUGCCUUCUGCGAGAGGAUUACUGAUGCAAAAAUACUGCUAGUUGUCUGGUAGUUUAAAGCUUCUCUUUAGACCUGGGCUUCAGAGCCAUGGACAGGAUUCAACAAAAGGGGUAGCUCAGCCAAAUUAACAGAGCCUCCACAAAGCAAUAAGGCAGGUGAAAAUUUGCAGGCCUGCACUGUACUCGGCUGCAUCUCUGGAUGCUGGUACGAGCUGUAUUAGCGAUCUUACUUUGCAACGGCACAACAGCAGCUAUUGUUACUGCCGGCUCAGCUGUUUGUGUCCCUUGAGUGUUGAAGGGAAGGAAGAGUCUGCAGGAACACAGGAGCACAUCUUCUUCCCAGCCCCGCUCCCAGGAGGAAAAGAGCUACUUGUGCUUGUGUGCACAACCCGGCAGCUGGGCAGGGGCUUGCCCGGGCCCCCUUAGGCUGCCCCGAGCUGUAUUGUGCAUUUCGGUUCUUUGGGGGAAUGCUGAAUUGCAGGAGGCUGCUUACUGGCAAUCGGCCUGUGACUCCUCUCAGAGGGGUUAAAAAUAAGAAUUCUGAUUUCUGGUCUAGGGGAGAUGGAGAUGCACUUGGAAGCAACGAUUCAUGCCUGUGACUCCUUCUUCCCCAGGGGUCCGUGCUGUUGCAUUGCCUCAAGAUAAGUCUUGCUGUGCUGUUGUAGAGGGCACUGCUUUGGCUCCGCUGCUCAGAAUGGAGACGUGAAGCUGCUGAGCACAACUGAGUAGCGCUGCUAGCAGCCCCUUCUUGCCUGGGGACAGAGCCAGUGGAGGACAGUAGGCAAAAAAAGGACUUUAUGGCUGGGAGAUGGACCCCCCCAACACCAACGAAGAGGGGGAACCACUCCCCUGAAAGGGAAACCGGCAACAUAGUGCCGUCUUAUUGACCUAGUUUGUGCUGUCUUCUGCUCUGUUUGUGCCGUGACACCCUGGGGUAGAGUGCCGGUGAGAAGGGAAAGCCCACCAUCUACCACCUGCAGCCAUGGAAGGGGGUGUGCAGCUCCUCAACCGCGACGGCCACAGCAUCUCUCACAACUCGAAGCGGCACUAUCACGACGCCUUCGUGUGCAUGAACCGCAUGCGGCAGCGUGGGCUGCUCUGCGACAUUGUGCUCCAUGUGGGCACCAAGGAGAUCAAGGCCCACAAGGUGGUGCUGGCGUCGUGCAGCCCGUACUUCCACGCCAUGUUCACAAAUGAGAUGAGCGAGAGCCGCCAGACCCACGUGACGCUGCACGACAUUGACCCACAGGCCCUGGAGCAGCUGGUGCAAUACGCUUACACGGCUGAGAUUGUGGUGGGCGAGGGGAAUGUGCAGACACUUCUUCCUGCUGCCAGCCUGCUUCAGCUCAAUGGUGUGCGGGACGCUUGCUGCAAGUUCCUACUCAGCCAGCUCGACCCAUCCAACUGCCUGGGGAUCCGGGGUUUUGCUGACACGCACUCCUGCAGCGACCUCCUCAAGUCUGCGCACAAGUAUGUCCUCCAACACUUCGUGGAGGUGUCCAAGACGGAGGAGUUCAUGUUGCUGCCUCUUAAACAGGUGCUGGACCUCAUUUCUAGUGACAGCCUCAAUGUGCCAUCAGAGGAGGAGGUGUACCGGGCUGUGCUCAGCUGGGUCAAACAUGACGUGGACAGCAGAAGACAGCAUGUUCCCAGGCUUAUGAAGUGCGUGCGGCUGCCCCUGCUGAGCCGGGACUUCCUCAUGAGCAACGUGGACACGGAGCUGCUGGUGCGGCAUCAUUCGGAGUGCAAGGACCUGCUGAUCGAAGCCCUCAAGUACCACCUCAUGCCGGAGCAGAGAGGGGUCCUCAGCAACAGCAGGACGAGGCCGCGGCGCUGCGAGGGGGCCAGCACCGUGCUCUUUGCUGUGGGUGGGGGGAGCCUGUUCGCCAUCCACGGGGACUGCGAGGCCUACGACACGCGGACGGACCGGUGGCACAUGGUGGCCUCCAUGUCGACUCGCAGGGCCAGAGUGGGCGUCGCUGCCAUUGGGAACAAGCUGUACGCCGUGGGCGGCUACGAUGGGACCUCUGAUUUGGCCACAGUGGAGUCCUACGAUCCCGUCACCAAUUCCUGGCAACCUGAGGUGUCCAUGGGCACCAGGAGGAGCUGCCUGGGUGUAGCAGCACUUCAUGGGCUUCUCUAUGCUGCUGGGGGGUACGAUGGGGCCUCGUGCCUGAACAGCGCAGAGCGGUACGACCCUCUGACAGGCACCUGGACAUCCAUCGCUGCCAUGAGCACCAGGAGACGCUACGUCCGGGUGGCAACGCUAGAAGGCAACCUCUAUGCCGUUGGGGGAUAUGACAGCUCAUCCCACUUAGCCACAGUAGAAAAGUAUGAGCCCCAGAUCAACACCUGGACGCCCAUUGCCAAUAUGCUAAGCCGUCGGAGCAGUGCAGGAGUGGCCGUGCUGGAGGGGAUGCUCUAUGUGGCUGGCGGCAAUGACGGGACCAGCUGCCUUAACUCUGUCGAGCGCUACAACCCCAAAACCAACACGUGGGAGAGCGUGGCACCCAUGAACAUCCGCAGGAGCACCCACGACCUGGUAGCCAUGGAUGGGUGGCUGUACGCGGUGGGUGGCAACGACGGGAGCUCCAGCCUCAACUCCAUCGAGAAGUACAACCCCCGUACCAACAAGUGGGUGGCAGCCUCGUGCAUGUUCACGCGCCGGAGCAGCGUGGGGGUGGCUGUGCUGGAACUCCUCAACUUCCCGCCCCCCUCCUCGCCCACGCUGUCGGUGUCUUCGACGAGCCUUUGACAAAGAAUCAGGACCUGCCUUACCUCAAGGGGACAGGGGUGCCUGGCGGAGCCCUAGGCCAGCGUGGCCCACCCCGCGGGGCAGCCGGUCGCUGUAGGAGGAGAGCGAAGGUACCGGCUGCCGCCUCCGGCCCCAGCGCUCCCGUGAACCCCCGGAGCUAUCCCCGCUCUCGGUGCACACAUCGGAUCGGCACGACCACGGCAGUUAGAAAUGUGCUUCCCGGGCGAGCACCCUCCUUCUAGAGCGCGAGGAGAGGGGGGUGCUCUCUGCUCCGUUCAGACUCAUCUCACCACUCACCCGAAGGGCGUAUAUUUUCUUCGGGGAGGGGAAACUCUAAAACCAUUGCUGCUUCUUGGAUUCACGUGAUCCAGCCGGUGCCACGCGUAAGAGCACAGCCAGCCUUGGAGGCUUUCAGGAGUCCUGUGGGGUGGCAGAGGUGGACAGCACUCCUCUCGAAGGACGGACGCGGCUGAAUGUGCAACUGCUCCUCUGAAUGUCACUGUAGCCAAACUCUUUACCAAGCCUAUUGUGCACUGUUAAAGACUCUGAGGCCGCUGUAUGGUUCUCAAUGGUGUCUAAUUGAUGCCUUAAAAUACACAAACAAAAGAAGCCCAGCUAAGGGACGGGGCCUGGAGGAGGUGAGGUUUGGAGACACAACUGGACGCAGCAUCCCGAACCCUCCGGUGUUUCCAUUCUCAGCUGGCCCCACCUCAUUCACUAAAAUCCCAGCUGACCAUUGCUCUGGGGAGUCCCCAGCCAGGCAGAUGGGUUGAAUGACCUUGUUUGCGUCCAUGCCAUCGCCGUCCCAGGUUCAAGUGACUGUGCGGCUGCCUGCUCUCUGCACGUGGUCCUGGUCCACGGUUUGGCUGGGAACGGAUGGGCCUGUUUGCUGUUCCCCUCUCUGCAAAGCAGAUUCUGGGUUUAUGGAAAGGUAUCGGUUCUUAAACAAGAACAGUCCAGCCUUCUAAAUGAGGAGGAUUGCCUGGUGUUACUUUUUGGGUGUUAAUUUUUUUGCCUUUUUUUUAUUUGAAUGCUGAUAUUUUAAUUUUUAAUGACUUCAUAUCCCUUUAUUUUUUACACUAUCCUGGUAUUCCCCAUCCCAUCUGCUUUUAAGGCAGCAGAAGGGAUGCAAUUACUUUUCUCAUUUGUUGAUGAGAUGAUGACUGUGUCCUGGAAGACGUUCUCUAUAGAUGUGUGGGUGUGUGUGCAUGUGUGAGAUACCGUACGUACAGCGAAAACAGCGUGGAAGGGACCAUUUGCAAUUAGCAACUCCCUGGCAAUUAAGCAACCACUUUAAUUAACUAAAGGUUGAAUAAAUUAGUACUGUAAGUCACAGGCCUGUCCUAGACCCACCUGUGCCAUGGAACCUCUUGGGUGGUGUUCUCAAUGGGUGUGCUGUAGGGUGUGUGUGUGAGCCUUGAACAGAGACAUAUUAUCAGGUGUUCUCCACGUUGUAGAGGAAUGACUCAACCACUGGUACCUCAAUAGUGUUCAAAUGUAGCAUUGGAAAUACGGUCUAACUGUUUGUUUUGAACUAAUUCCUUAUCCUUUUUUUCCCCGUUCCUUCUCGUUUCUCAUUUACAGAGUUCGGAUUUCACUUGUGGUGGUAUUCAUUGGCCUAAAUUUCAACGUGGCUAGGGAUUUCUUCUAUUCUCUUUUCUUUGGGGUGAAAGGAGACUUUGAGAUGAGGCAGGGACUCCCCAGCUUAAGACAAUUUUUACGGCGAUCUGAUUUCUCCUGGACAGGUGCCUGCACGUUUUACAAGCCCACUUACAGUGCCUAACGUUGGACACCUGAAAUUACCAGCAGCUUCUGAAAAUCUGGGCUGCUUCUCCCCCCAGCCUCUCCCCAGGGACAGUCUGGGCUUCUCAGGCUGAGGCGGCCUUUUUGGCUUUUAGAACAGACUCUAAAUCUGCUUUUCGUUCCCCUCUCGCUUGCCAAGCCUCUGCCCCAGCCUGUCACAGCUCAGCAGCUCUCCCGUUCCUCUGUAUUGCCGAGGACCCUGCGAAUGUCCAGGCUCUGCUCCUGCAGGUUGCCUCUUGGUCAACGUGGCAGAAGGGCUGCCCUAAGUAGGUCACCUGAAGCUGCUUUGUUGGAAGUAAUGACGAAAUCGGUGAAGUCUGCUCUGUUGCGUGCGUGUGCGUGUGCCUAUGCAUGAGCGAGGUCUCAAUCCUUUCCAUCCCAUUCCUAUAAGCGACAUCAGGAUUUUAGUCGUCUGCUGGUUGUACCGACCAGCGCAUUCAAGGUCCCCCCGGCUCUAGGGCCCUCUUUGAGGGAAGAUCAGCCUAAAAACCCCACGGCCACGUCAGGAGUGAAAGGUGCCGGUGCUGGGCGUUGCUUGGCCCAACGUGCCGAGGUCCUGCCGAGGCCUCUGUGUGAGGAACGGCGAAAAGGACAGCGGAGCUGAAGGGAGUACUGUACGACAAGGAGGGCCGGAGAAGAACUGCUGAAAGGAGAAACGGGGCUGAUUUCAAACAAGGAACGAGUCGUGGUGGCAGUGGCUCAGCAUCUGGUCCAACUGUGGCUGCUGUAGUCUGAAGGGGGGGCUGCGGGCAGGCAAAACCGGAGGGGGAGCGAGCAGCGUAGCAGGCUGAGGAGAAUUUUUGUGCCCUGUGCCCUUGGCCCCAGUUGCAAUCUCUAGCAAUUUACAUUACAAAUGGUGUGCGGCGCUGUCCUGCCUCUUGAGGAUCAGGGAAACGGGCAGCGUGACUCCUGUCACCCACCGGCUGGGUCCUGAGCAAUAUCACCGCUGAGCCCGUUCUGCAGAAACCUGGGGAGGAGGGAGGCUUUUUGUGUCUCUGAUGUACUAACUAUGCAGGUGCUCACUGCUUUCCUGUAAAAGAGAAAGAAGGAAGGAAAGGGCAAAAUAGUUCCCCAGCAGCUUGCGGGGGUCCGGAGCACCCCGACCCACACUGUGUGGACACGAGGUGUCAGCAUCUGCCCUGGGAGAUCCCAGGGUGGAAUCGCUUCUGGUGCUGCACAUCCCUUGCUGAGGAGGAGGCCUCGGAGGGGAUGCGCGUCUGUGUCUGUCUGUCUGUGCGUAGUACCCUAUCUGAGGGGAGGAGAACUGUCAACUGUGUGUGGCUUCUCUGCCAGUUUUAGUUAGUGGUGUCUCACCCAAAAUGUUAUUCGUGUGAUUUUUCCCAUGUGAGCUUUUCCCAGCGGAGGAGCAUCCCCGAGCGGGUGGCUCCAGGCUGUGCGUGUUGAUGUGUUUUGCCCAGGGACCCCGGUGUCCGUCUGCAGUGAGACAGCAAGGCUAGGCUGGAGCCCUCGCCCCGAUACGGGGGGAGAGGUUCGCUUGGCCUUACUGGUAGGCAGACCCGGUCUACUCCAUGUCAAACCGUCGUCACUUUGAUUUCUCUGUAAGUUAUCUGACUUAUUUAUGUGGAACUCUGUUUCUCUGAAUUUUUUGCACUACACGGGAUUGGGGAGGGGAUACAAGCAAUAGAAGCCAACAUGUACAAUAAAGACGUUUUCUUGAAUACCGGA